CUGCUCGCCCCUCCCCUGUUUGCUGAAUGGGGAGGCUGGAGGGGCGCCCCGAGUUCCGUUUGGGUUGGAGCCCAUCAUGAUAGCUGUCUUGCUUUUGUGGCGCGUAGGUCGGCACCGCCGAGAGGGGACAGCGAUGACGGGAGCCCAAGUGGCACAAAUGCAGAAACGCCCUCUGGUGACGACUUCAGCCUCUCCCUGGCGGACACUAAUCUACCAUCUGAAGUGGAGCCAGAGCUGCGCAGUUUCAUUGCUAAGCGUCUUUCUAAGGGAGCCGUCUUUGAAGGGCUGGGUAAUGUUGCAUCUGUGGAGCUGAGAAUUCCAGGUUACCGGGUCGGUUGUUACUACUGCCUUUUCCAACAAGAAAAACUGCUUCCUGAAUCAGCAAUGGACUCUGAACAUAACCCUUCAGAGUACGUGGUCUGUUUUUUAGGAGGGUCUGAAAAAGGACUUGAGCUUUUCAGGCUUGAACUGGACAAGUACAUUCAAGGGCUGAAAAAUAACAUGAGCUGUGAGGAAAGAGGCCUGGAGAACCACGUCAAGUCCUACCUGAGCAGCUGGUUUGAGGAUGUCGUGUGCCCGAUCCAGAGGGUGGUUCUGCUCUUUCAGGAGCAGCUUACCUUUUUGCUACACGCUGCUCUGAGUUAUACUCCUGUUGAGGUUAAAGAAUCAGAUGAAAAAACAAAGAGAGACAUUAACAGGUUUCUGAGUGUGGCCAGUCUUCAAGGCCUUAUUCACGAAGGCACCAUGACAUCUUUGUGCAUGGCCAUGACGGAGGAGCAGCAUAAGUCUGUGGUCAUUGACUGCAGUAGUUCCCAGCCUCAGUUCUACAACGCAGGAAGCAACCGAUUUUGUGAGGAUUGGAUGCAGGCUUUUUUGCAUGGUGCUGCAGGAGGUAACCCUUUUCUUUUUCGACAAGUGAAGGAGAACUUUAAACUAAAGGCCAUACAAGACACAAAUAAUUUGAAGAGAUUUAUCCGACAGGCAGAAAUGAAUCAUUACGCUUUGUUUAAAUGUUACAUGUUCCUAAAGAACUGUGGUAGUGGAGAUAUCCUUUUGAAGAUCGUUAAAGUGGAACACGAAGAAAUGCCCGAAACCAAAAAUGUGGUAGCCGUCCUUGAAGAAUUUAUGAAAGAAGCUCCUGCCCAAAGUUUUUGAUCGCAUUUUGAGAUAACUGGAUUGUGAAGCAUAUUCCAGCGUUGGUGUUUGAAAUUACAGUUGUUAUAAAUUGUCAUAAGAUUGCUAUUUAAGAUGAUUUGAAAUGCAUUCUAUGUUUUUUUCAUUUUGUAUUUUUAAAAUUUAACAUAAUUCAACAUGAAAAUCUGAGGAA